AUGUCAUCCAGAAAGGGCAAUCUUCUUCCACCGUCAUAUUAUACCACAAAGAUGUCAUGCUCCGAUAGUCCAUCUGGAAAUUCGUUUCUGGUAGACUCCUUGAUCCACGGAAGGGCCGAGGGAAGCGGGCACUACUACCAAAACAGCGGAGUCUACUUGCAGCCGAGCUCCGAGUAUUCUUAUGGACUGUCUAACUGUGGCUAUUUUUCUGGACUCAAACGGAACGAGAGCAAUUCGCAAAAUGUAGUACCUACUUGUGGGCCAUAUCAAGGCAUGGAAACAUGGCUGGAGACGUCGAGGUCCUGUCGCAUUGAACAGCCUAACAACCAAAUUACCCCACGGUCGUUCUCGCCCACCAUAAAAGAGGAAAACUCUUACUGCUUAUACGAGUCUGAGAAGUGUCCAAAAGACACCAUUACAGAGGACAUAUCGUACUCCCGGCUGACACCAAACUCAUGUCCAUCUAGCAACAAUAACGGUUGUGUUCCGGUACCUGGCUACUUCCGUCUAUCUCAGACAUGCACCACAUCUAAAGGUUUUCCAGACAACCAGUCUGUAUCGACUCGUGCUGCUGCUCAACGCUCUACCCGAUUUGACAGCUCUCUUUCAGCCAUUGGAGCAGAAGCGAGCAGGGAAGAGAACGACGAGCCUCCCACAUGCGCACCAUGUGCCCCGGCAAGAAACAAGGAGCUAAGGGGGUCCACUGGCACCGCUUCAUCUCCCGAACCGCCGGACAGUCCGGAGAAGGCGGUCACUGUUACAAAAGCAGGAGAUUCCAAAAGUGGCAAUACAGCUAACUGGCUGACGGCGAAGAGUGGCCGUAAGAAGCGUUGCCCCUACACCAAACAUCAGACUCUAGAGCUGGAGAAAGAGUUCCUCUUCAACAUGUACUUGACACGAGAGCGUCGCCUCGAGAUCAGCCGCAGUGUUCACCUCACGGACAGACAAGUCAAAAUCUGGUUUCAGAACCGACGGAUGAAGCUGAAGAAGAUGAGUCGAGAAAACCGAAUCCGAGAGUUGUCGGCCAACUUCAGUUUUUCAUGAAGCCUCCUCGCUUUAUAGAUCUCUGGCGCCCUCCUCCAUCAGCUGCAGUG